AUGGAAGACGAGAUGGUUGGUUGCAGGCGAGCCGGCGAGUUAAACGAGGUGAUGGUGCGGCAGAGGGGCAUGGUCGGGGCGACAGGGCGAGGGCGCCGGCAGCAAGCGAAGGCGCUGGCGAUGUCGCUGUUGAUCGGCGGAGGGUUGUUGGAGCCGGCAGGGAAGGGCAACGACGGUGGUUGCUGGAUUUGGGAGGUUGGCAUGGGUCGGCAGGGGAGAGCUGUGGAGGAGAUGGCGAGGCGAUGGUGGUUGCGGGAUUUGGGAGGUCGGCAGGGAGUGGGUCGCGGUGGAGGAGACGGCAAGGCGAUGAUGGACGGCGGACGACACUAG